UGGAGGACGCCGCGUCGCGUCACAAACACCGACCGACACCAUCAAAGUGUACCUGGGGGUCGUAAUCGUGGCUUUGAACGGGGAAAAGUCCGCAGGGGGGCCUACGCAAGGGUCCUUCCACUUCUUUAGCGGACGAGGGGUCAGUGUUACCAACAUUCGCGGGUUUUUUACCAGCAGAAUUGGAUCUACAAUACCUGAUUCGGGUUAAGGAAGACAAGGCACUGUGCUGAAACCCCAACAACCCCCAACGACAACAGCGCCCCUUAAGACAAGAGCUGGAGGGCUACCUCGAAAGACGACCGAGCAAGUGAAGAGUUUGGAAAAAUCGCGAUAUCGGUAGUGAGAGCAAGUGUCUUAUUGAACUCAUGUAUAAGGUUUACAACAGCAGUCUUCAGUGACGAGAAAUUAUGUGCUCUAUAACUUAGUGUCUCCUGAAUUAGUAAUUUGAAGUAGUUCUCAAACGAAGCAAGAUGGCUCCGAUACCAAUAAUAAACCUUGAGUUCUCCGAACUCAAGGAGAUUAUUUGGACGAAGCUACAAGAGCCAAAGGCUCAAAGAAAGCUGGUGUUAGUGAUAGUGUCGAUUGCGUUACUGUUGGACAACAUGCUUUAUAUGGUUAUAGUACCGAUUAUUCCCGAUUAUCUUAGAUACAUCGGUGCAUAUGAAGAAGAUCCCAUUCCGGGAAACGUAACCCUGCCCCCCGGGACUCCUUUCAAACACAAUCACCAUGGCCAAGACUCAGCUACCGGCAUCCUCUUCGCUUCCAAAGCAAUAGUCCAAUUAAUGAUAAACCCGUUCUCUGGAGCACUGAUCGACCGCAUCGGAUACGACAUUCCAAUGAUGAUAGGAUUAUGCAUUAUGUUCCUAUCAACGGCAGUUUUCGCCUGCGGAAGGAGCUACAGUCUCCUCUUCUUCGCCAGAAGUCUACAAGGAGUCGGUUCGGCAUUCGCAGACACCUCAGGACUAGCAAUGAUCGCCGAUCGUUUCACAGAAGAAAACGAACGUUCGAAGGCACUGGGCAUCGCUUUGGCGUUUAUCAGCUUCGGUUGCUUGGUAGCACCACCAUUCGGAGGCGCUCUCUAUCAAUUCGCCGGCAAAGAAAUGCCCUUUCUCAUCCUUGCGUUUGUUUCCCUCCUCGACGGGUUUAUGCUGCUCAUUGUCAUGAAACCGAUAAAAGAGCAACUGAAAGAAGCGGCAGUGGUAAAGCCACCGUCGGUGCCCAUUUGGAAACUGUUUAUGGAUCCGUAUAUUGCUGUAUGUUCGGGAGCGCUGAUGAUGGCCAAUGUUGCACUGGCAUUUUUGGAACCGACAAUUUCCAUGUGGAUGGAAGACAAUCUCACUACGGACAACUGGAAAAUCGGAAUGGUUUGGUUGCCUGCUUUUAUACCGCACGUCAUUGGCGUGGUGAUAACGGUGAAAAUAGCGAAAAAAUACCCGCACUACCAGUGGCUAAUGGCCGCCGUAGGUCUGGCCUUGGAAGGUCUUUGUUGCUUCAUAAUACCAUUUUCAACCAGCUAUGUAAUGCUGAUGAUUCCGCUUUGCGGAAUAUGUUUCGGGGUUGCUUUAAUCGACACGGCCAUUCUGCCCACGCUAGGAUACCUUGUAGACGUUCGAUACGUCUCAGUAUACGGAAGCAUCUAUGCGAUAGCAGACAUAUCAUACUCAGUAGCUUACGCUAUAGGGCCGAUCAUAGCAGGCGGAGUGGUCGAAGCCAUCGGAUUUACCGCAUUAAACAUAGGCAUAGCCCUAACAAAUCUCGCUUACGUGCCAGUACUUUCCUAUCUAAAACACAUCUACGACUUCAAACCAUUCGAGAAUGAAGCCAAUAUAUUGAUGUCAGAUCCACCGAACAAAGAAUACCAAACCUAUUCGCUGCAAGAGCACAAAACGGUUGACGAAGAUGUUCAAAACCAUCUGAACUACAAGCAGCAAGAGACCAAUUUUAACAGCUUCGAACCGAAUUAUGAAACACAAACAUAUCAGAGCGGUUAUCAGCCGCAAGGCAAUCAAAACUUCCAGCAGCCAGUAGCCGCAUUUGCGGAUCAGAACCAGUCCUAUCAAAACCAAACAUACCAAGGACCUCAAGUACCCACAAGACCUCAAACCCAAGGUCGGGUAUUACCACAGCAACCCGUAGCCAAUCCCUUUCGACAACCAGCACCAGCACCUUUGUCCACGGGGGGCAAUCCUUUCAGGCAAGGUUUGUAAAUCCCAUUGGAGGUAUGUACGUACUUGUAGCCUUAGGUUAUCAUUUGUAUAAACUGCUUCGUCAGUUUAAAGUUGGGAAGCGGAUAGCACAGAAAAAUUGUGGAGAUUCGAAGAUAUAUUUAGUACGGUAAUUUUAGUCGUUAUUUGUGAUCAACGCGUUUAACAAAGAAGAUGUUUACAUUGUUUAAUGUUUUGCCUGAGGACAACCAAUGGGAAAAUGGAAUUCAACUUUUGGGUACAUAAAUAAUUUUAAGCGGAUCGCGUUUAAAAAUUACUUUGAACAUCAGAUUAAAGAGAUGCAUUUCUCAUGCGUAACGGUAGCUAAUAAUGUAAUUUGAAUUAAAUUGUAUAUACUUUCCUGACUGUUUCAAUUCCAAAUCAAAUUCAUUCCUGG